CGUUACAUGCGAGUACAAACUAGGGUACAUUUUAAAAACAAGAGGCCGCUUCACAUGUUUAGGGUGCUUAUCAACAAUAUCAUUAUCAAGUGUAACAAAUAAACAAUAUCUAUUUUCUGCAAUGGAACAGAAUGAUGUGAAGGACGACGAAAAAAGUGCAAGCGACAAGGUUGUUGUUCCAAAGACUGCAACACAGAUUCAGCGUAUGAAGCUAGAGAAGUUAAUGAAGAACCCGGAAGAUGAAAAUGAAGCAUACCACGAAAAGCUAAAUAAACACAAGACGGAAGCCGAGGCACGGACUGCAAAGAAGCGUGCAAAGAGGCUAAAGAAAAAAGAAAAGAUGAAGGAGAAGAAAUUUAAAAAAGGAGAUGAUCGUGCCGGGGAUGAGGCGAGACGGCAGAAAGAAUCGGAUGAAUCGGGGAGCUCCGACGCGGAUCGUUCUGACACGUGAUUGGUGACGCAGCGCACGUGACAGGUGCUGUCAUUAGAACCUUGGGAAACGCUUUUGAUUACAUACGAGGACAAUCGAAGUGUCCAACGUCGCUUUUAUAAUCACAAUACGAAAGUGGUUAUGCCUAUUUUGAUCGUACCAUAGCCCUAAUUCAGUGCAGAAAAGUUGCAUUGCAAGCUAAGAACACGAGGAUUAUUCACAAGCCAAGAAGUUGUUAGUUUUAGAGGUCAGCAAUCAUAUUUUUGACAUGAGCUAUUGUAAAUAUAUGUGUGAUCUUGAUAUGGGCAUCAAUAUCAAGAUGUAGGAUUAGAAAAGGAGUAUGUAUGUACAACCACACAUAUUUCUAUAUUUUGUGUGGAACAAAUCAUUAUAUCAUGAGAAGAAUCUGUAUAUAAGUAGAACAUAACAGUUUUUUGUUUUAUUAAAGAAUAUAUUUUA